AUGGAUUUGGAUUCGUAUUGCCCUGGGAAUGGGCCUCCAACAGAGGCCCUGAAAGGAUGUCUGAAGGAUGUGAUGGAGUCCGGCCAAUAUAUCCUGGGCCACGACCUCAUACUGAAGGCCAUUGAUGAGGGACGUGUGGGUAUGGUGGUCAUCGCCGCCAAGGCGCAGCAACCGAACAUGAGCCAAAUUCUCUUGGCCACAAUAACCCAGAGCACUGCAGUUAAGGUCUACCAGGGCACCGCCCAGGAGUUGGGCGAGGCCUGUGGCAAGGAGCAUGUCAACUACAUAGCCAUACUCAAUGAAGCGCAUAUCGAUGCAAUACACAAAUUGGGAGUUGUGCAUUGA